ACAGCAGCCACGAUGUUUCGCCAUGAUGUGUCGAACUUCCAGCUGUCGCCGCGCUUUCUCGCCACACUUCUGGAGGGCGGCACCGGGGUGGGCUUGCUGCAACGCGCCAACGAGGAGGUCACCCGACGAGCGCAUCAGCUAUGGAUGGAGACAGGCCGCAAGGACUCGGAGGCCAACUGGGCCGACGCAGAGCGCUCGUUGAUGCACUGGAAGAGCUUCCCUGACGCGAUCAGCGAGGGAGAUCUCUCUCCAGUGAAGGGCCUUGAGAACGCGGCCCUGGAUGAGUUGGACUUGGACUUCGCACAGCUGAGCCAUGAGGACCUGGUGCAUCUGUGCUGCGCCAUGCAACAGAACCUGCGGAGUAUGAAGACCGCAUAUGAGGAGGAGCACAAUGCCGUCAAGGCACUGCGGAAGGAGCUGAGAGACGAGAGGUGUCGAUUGCAGAACUUCUCCUACAAGCUCAAGGCCACUGAGGAUGAGCUCUUUCGGAAAAAGGCCCAGGUGGAUCCUGGGAAGCUCCGGGUUCCUUCUUUGCCAUUGGACUUCAUGAAGCCGCGUGCGAUUGAGCACUUCAACUUGACGCCCAGAGCACGUUGCAGACGAAGAGCCUUCUCCUGUCCUACAGACUCUGCGCCCAGUAGCGACUGUGAAGCCUGUGAGAUGGACUCCUGCUUUGGCGACGGCACGCCGUGUGGUUCCUGGUGGUUCUCCGAUGCCGUGGGAAGCUGGAAAUUGGAGUAUGGAGACGCCCAGUGGUCCGCAGACGAGACCGGCUCGCACUCGGCGGAUGAGAGUCUUUGAGUCUGCAAACGACUUCCGUGCGGCGCGAAAGGUCGUCCAAUGGGCAGAACGACCAAACCCCCAACCACUGAGUUGUUGUAUGUUUCAGUCGAGUUGGCUUUUAGGGCCUCGAUAAGCACCCAAACAUACCCAAACGGAUUGCAGGAUGUUCAUAGAAGGAUAAUGACCGGGUUGUUCUAGGGGUGGUUAUUGCCAUGAUCGCCGGAUUCCACGGACACCGAACGGGUGACCGAAGGACAACCAGCAUCACCUGCAAGUAUUAUCAAAGAUAAAUAUAAUAUAUAUAUAUAAUAACCGUAUUUAUCAUAUAUAUAUACUAAUACAUAGAUACACAUAUAUUAUAUAAAAGAAUGUUCUUUUGAGACUACGAACUCUUGGCUGCAGUACCGCUUCUCUUAUACAUUUCUGUGGGACAGGUUGAUGGUACAGAGUGAUCAGAAACCGAUCUGACCUAACCUGCGGGGUAUCGCCUUCACAAUGGCUCAUCAGUGUAAAUGCUCCUCUUAGGAUUUAGGGUUGCGUUGCUUUCCCCCCGAUUUUGGGUGCGCAGAACGCAAAACUUGUCUCAAUUUUGCUGUGGAGUUUGGGGCAGG